UUCUAUUUCUAGUACAAUAACUAUAGUAUAUACAGUAAAAUAGUUUAACUAAACACCCAAUGAUGGCUAACAACAACAUUAUUAUCAUAACUAUUAUCUCGCUAUUGAUUUUAAUCGUUAGCUUAGAUACGGCUCAUAUAGAUGCUGAUGAUGUCAAUGAUAUAAUUAUAAAACGGACAGCAAUGAUAUCAGCACCGGUAGCCAGCAAUCAGUUAACAUAUUUCAAUCCGUUUGACCUAAUCUAUGAUGUGGUCAAUGAACUACUUGAGCCAUUGAUGGGUGCACUGGGACUGCCAGGCCUUGGUAUAGACCUAUUGAAAUCAGUGGUCAGUCAACUAGUUUGGCCAGUCAUCCGGUUUCUAUGGAUGGCCGCGGCCAGUGUUUUGCGGGCCAUUACCGGUGUUUUUGGUGGCGGUGGUGUCACUACUAAGGCUACCGUCACCACUGAUGACAGUAUCACUGAUACCGUUACCAAUGAUGUCGACCUAACCACCAGUACUACUGAUGAAACUUAA